AUGGGACAGAAAGAAAUAGGAGGACAUCCCGACCAGAUCCCCUAUAUCAUCGUCUGGCAGGAUCUGGUCCAGAAUCCCCCACCUUGGGUUACGCCCUGGACCAUGGGGUCCGGAGUGACGGUGGCAGUUGCGGCAGCUAAACCUAAGCAGACCCAACCGUCGGCGGGCCCUUCGGCACCUCCGAGGAUCUACCCUGAGAUCGAGGACCCUUCAUGGACAGAGCCACAGCCUCCCCCUUAUCCUCUGCCGCGGCCAUCUGCACCCCCGGUCCCAGCACCUGUCGAGAGGGACGGGGUGGAGGGGCCUGCGGCGGGGACGCGGAGCCGGAGAGGCCGCAGCCCAGAAGGGGAUUACACUGUUGCCCUGCCCCUCCGUGCCUAUGUUGGUGGCCCCCCGCCAGGCCCCGAUGAACUUGUCCCUUUGCAGUACUGGCCUUUCUCUUCAGCUGAUCUAUACAACUGGAAAAAUAAUCACCCUUCCUUUUCAGAAAAUCCCUCGGGCUUGACUGGGCUUCUUGAGUCCCUUAUGUUUUCCCAUCAGCCCACUUGGGAUGAUUGCCAGCAACUCCUGCAGAUCCUCUUCACCACAGAGGAGAAAGAGAGGAUCCUGUUGGAAGCCAGAAAGAAUGUCCCCGGACCAGAUGGGACCCCCACUAAUCUCCCCAAUCUUAUAGAUGAAGCCUUCCCCUUGACCCGUCCAGCCUGGGACUUCAACACUGCGGAAGGUAGGGAGCGUCUCACAGUAUACCGCCGGACUCUAGUGGCGGGGCUCAAAGGGGCCGCUCGGCGACCCACUAAUUUGGCUAAGUACGUAGACGACCUACUGCUUGCUGCUUCAACCCAAGAACUGUGUUGUGAUGGGACUAAAAAGCUCCUAAAUGAAUUGGGUAAGUUGGGAUACCGGGUGUCUGCUAAAAAAGCUCAGCUGUGUCGCACUGAGGUGACCUACCUAGGAUACACUCUCCGAGAAGGAAAGCGGUGGCUCACCGAAGCUCGAAAGAAAACUGUGAUGCAGAUCCCGACCCCCACCACUCCGCGACAAGUACGUGAGUUUCUGGGGACGGCGGGCUUUUGUAGACUCUGGAUACCGGGGUUCGCAACACUGGCAGCCCCUUUGUACCCUCUUACAAAAGAAAAGGUCCCAUUCAACUGGACCGAGGAACACCAAAGAGCCUUUGAGGACAUAAAAGCUGCACUAUUGACAGCCCCUGCUCUGGCCUUGCCAGAUUUGACUAAGCCUUUCACCUUAUAUGUUGAUGAACGGGCUGGAGUAGCCCGCGGGGUCUUAACUCAGGCUCUGGGGCCCUGGAAACGCCCGGUAGCCUACUUGUCAAAAAAGUUAGACCCGGUCGCCAGCGGAUGGCCCUCCUGCCUAAAAGCCAUUGCUGCCGUGGCCUUACUUGUUAAAGAUGCUGACAAGCUUACCCUAGGUCAGCAUGUGACUGUCAUUGCUCCCCAUGCUCUGGAGAGCAUCGUGCGGCAGCCCCCGGACCGGUGGAUGACUAACGCCCGGAUGACUCACUAUCAGAGCCUGUUACUGAAUGAACGAGUGACUUUCGCCCCACCUGCCAUUCUUAAUCCUGCUACUCUUCUCCCUGAGAUACAUAACUCCACCCCAAUACAUCAAUGUGUCGAUAUCCUAGCGGAAGAGACCGGAACAAGAAAGGACCUGACUGAUCGACCAUGGCCAGGUGUGCCUGCUUGGUACACGGAUGGUAGCAGUUUUGUGGUGGAAGGAAAAAGGAGAGCGGGAGCGGCAGUGGUAGAUGGAAAGCAGGUAAUCUGGGCAAGUAGUCUUCCAGAAGGAACUUCAGCUCAAAAAGCCGAACUUGUGGCUUUGACUCAGGCCUUGCGAUUGGCAGAAGGUAAGGCCAUUAACAUUUAUACUGACAGCCGGUAUGCCUUUGCUACAGCCCAUAUACAUGGAGCCAUCUACAAGCAAAGGGGGCUACUCACUUCGGCGGGAAGAGACAUUAAAAACAAAGAAGAGAUUUUAGCCCUUUUAGAGGCAGUACAUUUGCCAAAGAAGGUGGCCAUUAUUCAUUGUCCAGGUCACCAAAAAGGAGAAGAUCCUAUAACAAAAGGGAAUCAAAUGGCGGAUCUUGUGGCAAAACAGGUGGCCCAGCAGGUAACAAUACUAGCAGAAAAGAGUCAGACUCCAGUGGAAGCUCCAGUCACUGAUGACUCUAACCACAUUUAUUCAGCCAAUGAUUUUAAAAUAUUAGAAAAUAUGGUUUGCAGAAAACAAGCUCAAGAAUUCAGCUUUGAUGGGGUAGCGCGGACUAUAGAUGGGCGAGUGAUCCUGCCAACAAAAGAAGGAAUAAGUUAUGUUCAGAGACUGCACCAGUUGACUCAUUUAGGAGCAGAUAAGCUAAAACAACUUGUCAAAGCUUCUAAAUACCAUGUGUUAAAUUUAAAUUCAACAAUUAGGCAGGUGGUUGACUCUUGCCAGGCCUGUACACUUACUAACGCCGCUAGGCCCUAUCAAGAACCUGGAAAAAGAAGACGAGGAGACCGACCGGGAGUCUACUGGGAAGUGGAUUUUACUGAAAUAAAGCCAGGAAAAUAUGGUAAUAAAUAUCUAUUAGUCUUUGUUGAUACCUUUUCAGGAUGGGUGGAGGCUUUCCCCACAAAAUCCGAAACUGCUCAGGUGGUGGCCAAGAAGAUUCUUGAAGAAAUCUUACCCCGGUUUGGUGUACCCAAGGUAAUCGGCUCGGAUAAUGGGCCAGCUUUUGUUGCCCAGGUAAGUCAGGGAUUGGCCUCACAACUGGGGACAGAUUGGAAAUUACAUUGUGCAUAUAGACCCCAGAGUUCAGGACAGGUAGAAAGAAUGAAUAGAACUCUAAAAGAGACCCUAACUAAAUUAGCCAUUGAGACCGGUGGUAAAGACUGGGUGACUCUCCUUCCCUUUGCGCUUCUUAGGGUCCGAAACACACCCGGACGUUUCGGCCUCACUCCUUAUGAGAUUCUCCAUGGGGGACCGCCCCCCUUGACUGAGUCCAGUGGGAUAUUGGAUCCCAGUGCCGACUCUUCCUCAUCCUCUGCUUUGUUUACUCAUCUAAAGGCUCUAGAAGUCGUUAGAACACAGAUCUGGGACCAGAUAAAAGAAGCCUACGCACCGGGAACUUCGGAGGUGCCCCACAGGUUCCAGGUUGGAGAUUCGGUCUUAGUCAGACGACAUCGAGCUGGCACCCUAGAGCCUCGGUGGAAAGGACCAUAUCUGGUGUUGCUGACCACCCCCACGGCAGUAAAGGUGGAUGGGAUCGCUGCUUGGAUACACGCCUCCCACAUCAAGAAGGCACCCAGCCAAAAUGAAGACAACAACUGGAUGGUGGCAACUACUGAUAAUCCUCUUAAGCUUCGCCUGUGCCGCAGAGGUAAAGAGCCAGGAUGCAGGAAUAUGGCCAGGACACAUAGGAGCUGCGAAUCCUCCGCUGCCAGCUAA